AUGGAGAAAGAAACCGAAAAGCGCAUUUCUGAAAUUGAAGAUGCUGCAUUCCUGGCCCAAGAGAAGGCAAAAGCAGAUGCUGAAUAUUAUGCCGCACACAAAUAUGCCACCUCAAACAAGCACAAAUUGACCCCGGAAUAUCUGGAGCUCAGAAGGUACCAGGCCAUUGCUUCUAACAGUAAGAUCUACUUUGGCAACAGCAUCCCUAGCAUGUUUGUGGACUCUUCUUGUGCUUUGAAAUAUUCAGAUGUUAGGACUGGAAGAAAAGGUUCUCUCCCCUCUAAGGAGGCUCUUGAACCCUCUGGAGAGAGCCCCGUCCAAAACAAGGAGAAUACAGGUUGA